ACACUGCUUUGUUCAACAGUAGGGGAGAGAGCAGACGAGCACAGUUGGCUUUGCCAGCGAGAAGACUCGAUAAGUACAGUCUGCUAGGGCGGGCUAUCCUAUCUUACCUUUGUCUAGCUGUGUCCUAGCGUAUCCUUAAAUAUUUGUCUUUCUCGCACUCUAAGGAUUUGUAUCGAGGGAUGUCAAAGCGAGUACGAAGCAGAGAGGUCUGCGCUGAUUGCAGUGCUCCGGAGCCACGCUGGGCCUCCGUUAACAGGGGUGUGUUGAUUUGCGAUGAGUGCUGCAGCAUCCAUCGAGGUCUGGGGCGACACAGCUCUCAAGUCCGGCAUCUGACUCAUUCUCCAUGGCCAUCCUCCCAGUUACAGAUGGUCCAGACACUGUAUGGCAAUGGAGCUAAUUCCAUAUGGGAGCAUAGCCUUCUGGACCCUUCCUCUUCAGUGAGUGGGAAGCGCAAAGCCAACCCCCAGGACAGAGUUCAUCCCAACAAGACCGAGUUCAUUAAGGCCAAAUACCAGAUGUUGGCGUAUGUCCAUCGGAUGCCUUGUCGGGAGGAUGACAGUGUAACCGCAAAAGACCUCAGCAAGCAACUCCAUUCCAGUGUUCGGACUGGAAACCUGGAGACCUGCCUAAGACUCUUAUCUUUGGGAGCACAGGCCAACUUCUUCCAUCCAGAGAAAGGGAACACCCCUCUACACAUAGCAGCAAAAGCAGGACAGAUGUUACAAGCAGAACUGUUGGCGGUAUAUGGAGCUGAUCCCGGGGCUCUGGACUCCAGUGGAAAGACCCCCAUCGAUUAUGCAAGACAAGCUGGGCAUCAGGAGCUGGCAGAGAGGCUAGUGGAGAUACAGUAUGAACUCACUGACCGGUUAACAUUUUACCUAUGUGGCAGAAGACCAGAUCACAGAAAUGGGCAACACUUCAUCAUUCCACAGAUGGCAGACAGAAAUAACAGCCUGGAUUUGUCAGAGUUUGCAAAAGCGGCAAAAAAGAAGCUCCAGUCGCUAAGUAACCAUCAGUUUGAAGAACUUGCCAUGGAUGUUUAUGAUGAAGUUGACAGAAGAGAAACAGAUGCAGUGUGGUUGGCCACCCAGAACCAUAGCACACUUGUAACAGACACCACAGUUGUGCCUUUUCUGCCCGUCAAUCCAGAGUAUUCAUCUACCAGAAACCAGGGUCGUCAGAAAUUGGCAAGGUUUAGUGCUCAUGAAUUUGCCACCCUGGUCAUUGAUAUUCUAACGGAUGCUAAACGACGGCAGUGGGGUAAUUCCUGUGAAAGUCCCAAAGAGAAUGUGGAGCUGAUCCUUCAGGGAAUAGACAGUCGCCAUAACAGUGAGAGCCAGGACAAUGACCAGCCCGAUUAUGACAGUGUGGCGUCAGAUGAAGAUCCGGUGCAAGAGGCCACCUGUGGGGACAGCUGCAAUGACAGAAGGACCAAGAGCUCGGAGUCAUCUGACCUCUCUGAUGGACCAAUCACAGUGCAGGAAUUUAUGGAGGUGAAGAGCGCCCUCACCGCAUCAGAAGCUAAAAUACAGCAGCUUCUUAAAGUCAACUGUCACCUUAGUGAAGAGCUGCGGUUGAUGCAGGGCAAGCUCAACACCCUGCAGACUGAAAAUACAACACUGCGGUGGCAGACCCCCAGCGGACAACACCACCAGCAGGGGCCCUUUGGUCGACACCCACCCCGCGGAGGUCGUGCCAUGUCCAUGUAUGAGACGGGCUCUGCUCCGAGGCAGUACCUCCACCGAGUCGAAACAGCUCGGCAUGAGGAUGGAGUCAUUUUACAACCCUUCCCAAGCAAUAUUGGGAGGGGUCCAUUGGGGACGGCUGCUUCCUCCCUUCCUACCUUCCCCUCUUCCCUGUCCUGGUCGUGGGAUGAGAGAUCUCGAAGGGGCUGUAGUCUGGAAGGACAGAGUAUCAUGCUGGAGAAUGAUUAUGACACCACGCCCAACCACUCUGAACUGGAGGAGACUAGCAGCCCUCUUACAGCCUCUGAAGCAGUGGAGCCAGGGGAGGAGGGGGAGGAAGAUGCCACCCUGCCAUGCACAGAGGACGUCAUCUGUAAGACUGAGCAGAUCACUAAGAACAUACAGGAGCUUCUGAGAGCUGCCCAGGAGACCAAACAUGAAAGCUUCCUACCUUGUUCAGAAAAGAUCUGCAUGGCUGUGUCAGAGAUGGCUGCCCUGUUUCCCAAGAGGCCGUCCUCAGAGACUGUGCGAGGUUCUCUGUGUCUGCUCACUUCGAGCGCCAGCCGGCUCCAUGGAGAGUGCCAGAAGGCCGCAGAGCACAGCCCCUGCCCAUCGGACAUCCAGCUGGUCACUCAGCAGGUCAUCCAGUGCGCCUAUGACAUUGCCAAAGCUGCCAAGCAACUUGUCACUGUGACAACCAAAGAAAACAGCAACUAACUAAAACACAGACAUUCCUCAUACACCCAAAAUACAGUUCAUCAGUGAUGUUGCUCACUACAGCGUAAUCAGUGUUAGUGCCAUUUUUUUGUUUUCUAUGUGUGUGUAUAUAUAUAUAUAUAUAUAUAUCAUGCAAAAUUACAGAUCAUUUUGUUGUUUUGGUUUCAUGGUAAUACAGACUAAGGACCAAAUCUGUUACUAUUCCUUACCUCACAAAGAGAUAACAUUUAAAUCCACACAAUUUCCAGAAGUGCACUGGUGGGGGUGGGUGGGUGUGUGUGUGUGUGUGUGUGUGUAUAAAACAAAUAGAACAAGCAGGUGAACCUUCUACAUUGUACUUUUCUCCAUAGAGGUCAACAGUUCUGGUCCUUGAGAUCGGGUGUCAGGUAUGGCUGAGCUGCCAGAGAGGACAGAAGUCUAAAAGACACCCGGCAUCAAUGAUUAUUAUUGAUGGACCUUCAUCUACACCAGCGACAGUUUAUUUGCCUUUAUCCAUUUUAAAUGUUUUUAAAGACGCAAUGACAGUAUUUUAAUCUUGAAUCAGUGUGACAACACUUGCCCACAUGUUUAGUAAGCAAAUGCUUCAGUGCACUGAGCACCAUGUAAGUCGCCAGCAAUUCAGUGAAGUGUGCAAACUUUCACUCCAUCCAGCAGCUCCAGCAGGUGAUUUCACUGUCCAACCCCUCCGCUCGGGUUGAAGAUGUGUUUUUAAGUAAAGUAUCAGUAGUUUUUGGUUAUAAUGUUACAGCCAUACUUCCGCUGGGGUGGGGGUGUGUGUGUGUGUGUGUGUGUGUGUGGGGGCGCAGUCGUCACAGAGAUGGGCUCCAUGGCUGUGUGAAAACCAUUUUGAAUCAAUUUUAAUAGCAUUAUGCAAAUAUAUAAGAUGUAUGUAUCCAUGUAAUUCUUUAUCAAAAUAACCCAAAUGUUAAUCUAUUUAUAAAUUGAAUGUCAUACCUCUAAGAAAAUAUCAAUGUUUAUUUUCAUAAGCUUUUGUUUUUAACAUGAUGCUCCUCACAGACUAACUCUUGCUCUGAGGUUUGGGACGUCUCAGCUGGCAGUAAGUUAUAGGCAACUUGUGAUCUCUGUUUAUUUGGUGUGGUUCUGUAACUUCAGUGUGUUAGAUGCUGCCUCUUGUCAAAUACGUACAGCUAAGUAAAUGUACCCUCAAAGUACCUGUUGUAGAACUUGGGUCUAAUGUGUGUCACUCAUUGUGAGCCAGAUAUGUUUCAACCAGGGAUGGAACGAGAACUAGAAUACUCUGCACAAGUAGAGUACAGUUAUCUCAUUAUUACUCAAGUAAGAUUAACUGUGUUGGGAUGUAUUUAAUGAAAAGUACAAAUUAUUAUUAUUACAACAUAUCUGGUCAGCAUGAAUUUCAUGUCGAAUUACAUUAUGAAUAUGCGACCUCUCCCCUGAGCAAUCUCUCAGAUUCAGUGGUCAUUUCUGAAGUGCCAAAUGUCUUUUCUUUCUGAAGUUUUUUCAGAAGGCUGGCUAAGAAGAGAAAAAGGUUUCAAGGCAAACAGGAAGUCAUAGAUAAGUAUUAAACUGUCUUUAAACCAACUUCAUAAUAUUACACUAUUCAUCUCUUCUGUUGAAAGGUUUUUUAAAGGACAAAAAUACCUUGACUCAACGUCCACUUACUAGCUUUUUUGUGACCUUUUGUGUAUAUCCUCUUGUAUGGUAUUCUGAUGGGAGAACUAGUCAUGCAGACAGCCAUGUGAUUAGCCACCAAUUACUUUCAUUUUCCUUCUCCCCCACUGAUGCAGUGUUCUUAAUCCAUGACUAACUUUUACUCAACAGACCCACUACAGCAUACUUGCAAACGCUAACAAGUAUGUGAAAGUAGCUCAAGUAGACCGACAGUCAGCACCUCCAUAAACUCAGCAACAUCCAUUAUACUGCAACAUCUAGCUAUGGUUUGCUAGCAUUUGCCACCAUAACAGUGGUAAUACCGGACCAAGUAAGUUAAGGCUAUUUGUGUAGUGAAUUGAGCAAUGCUGCAUUUAAUUGCUCGUGGGUGCAACUUUUCAUUUUCAAGCAGAAUAAUGUUUUAUUUCUUCCUUCAAAAGUCGCGCUUUAAAUCUUUAUUUCAAACUAGAUAUCCAGAGUGGUUCAUGAGCGCAUUGCCUGAUGUAAGUUACUAUCCGAUACCCAAUACAACCAAACCUGAUUCUACAUUCAAAAUUGUUUUAAAACGGAAGUUAAAAACACAGCUUUUAGCAUUAUGGGUUAAUUUUUAAUGCACGAAUGAAGUACUCUGUUACAUUAAUACAAGUGCGUGUAUUCAGUUACUUCCACCCCUGGUUUCAAGGUUUCAACCCUGAGAUGUGACUCCCUGUAAUUUAUAGGCUUACACUGCCUCUGUGGUUGACAACAAUCCCUGCCUUAGGUAUAAUAAAGUAUUCAUACCUCAA